AUGCAGAGUGGUGCAAACAGGAUUAAGAUGGUUCCAAAUAUCAUCUGGACGUUUGAAAACCCCACCGCUGGCACCAGAGCGCCUCCUGCCAGCGGCCCUGAGAACACAUCAUUGUUGUGUGCCAGAGCUGGAGACCAGAUGGAGCAACGUCUGGAAGACACUCUGUCACGCAUAGCUUUGGAAACACAGGAAAUCAAAGAGCUUGAGCAGCAGUUAACGAAUGGUCAACAUUUGGCUAAUUUGGCACUAAGGAAAGACUUAUGGGAUGUAAUCUCUGGACUGCAGCAGUUCUAUACAAGCGUGAGUGAGGGGUCCAUGGCCUCUCAAGACUCAGAUCUGGAUCUCAGUUCUCCCUCCCCGACAUGUGCAGGAGGGAGCUGUCUCUGUCAGAAGGAUCGCCACAACAAGACAAGUAAAACAAAUCACAGUCAGGUGGACCCUGGGACACGUCUCUGCUCCGCUCCUGUUGGUCCCGCUGACGGCACUCACAGACGGACGGACCGGCUUCGUUCUGAGACUGAAAAACUGCAGAGGGCUCUCAGGAGACACAGGCGUGUCCUGGGCGUGUGUGAGGAGGUGUGGUGUGUGGAGCAGACUCUCCUGAAGCGCAGAGCUGAACUGCGUCAGGCUCAGAGGCUGCUGCAGGAGGUCCACGGCUCCACGGCACAGGCUCAGUCAGAAGCAGAAAUGUGGCAGCGCAGAACCAAAGACAGCGUCACCUCUCUGCAGCAGACACAACUACAACUCCGGGAACUUCAGGAUGAGGCGGAGACUCUGAGAACAUCCAGAGGUGCUCAAAUCCAGAAGCAGAGUCCAGACCAUAACCCGGUCUGUUCCCACUGCCUGGACCGACUGGCAUCUCCCAGGAACCAGGAUAAACUACUGCAGCAGAGGACACAGGAGCUGAGGGACCAGGAGACCAGGCUCAAGACCAGUCUACAGUUGAUGGUGCAGCAGCAGGAGGCACUGUUGUCUCAGAGCAGCUCUUUGAUAUCAGCCACAGCAGCAGAAGAAGAACAACUGCAGCAUCUUCGGUCUGAACUGGACUCAACCCGGACUGAGUUGAAGCAGCUUCAAGAAGAGGUGCUCUCCGAACGACAAGAACUAAAACGUCUGAAAACUCUACAAUCAGAAAAAAUCCAGAAAAUUCAGAAGAUCCAAGUCCAGCUCGUCCAAACCCAGGCAGACCUCGAUCAGACAAAGGGCCUACGAGACCACACCAAAGAUGAGGCAGAACUGACCAGGGAAGAGCUGAACCAGUCCAGAGACCAACUGCACCAAACCAAGUCCGAGCUUCUCAAGACACAGAACGCAGUGAAACAGAAGGAGGAGAGCGUGAAGGAGGAGCUCAGGAACCUCGACCAAUCACAGGCCGCGGUGGAAAGGAGGACAGAACAGGAAGUGGAGAUGCGGCGGAAAGAAGCUGAGGCUGGGCUUAAAGAGACUGAAGAGAAGCUGAAGGAGAUGAAGGAGGAGGUGGAGCGGACGAAAGCACAGAACAGCAGUUUACAGCAGCAGUGUCGCCACCUAGAGGACAGACGCAAACACGCACACAGGUGUUUGUCUGCUGUGGAGUUGGAACUUCAGAAACUUAAACAAGAGCACAGCCAAUCACUGCUCACGCAACAACAAGUGAGACAAGAGGCUGCGACCAAUCAGGAGAAGCUCAACGAAAGUUCUGAGCUGCUGAGUUUCCUCGGAGAGAAGUUGGAGGAGAGGAAAAUCCAACUCCAAAUUUCUGAACAAGAGUUGGCGAUUCUCUCUGAAAAACACAAACAGAAACACACAGAGCUGUUGGAGCUGGAGCACAAAGCACAGUCGCAGGUGCAGCUAACGCAGACUUUGGCUUCAGAGACAGAGAGCAAGAACAUGAGGAAACAUCUGACCCAGGAGCAGCUGCACAAACUGAGUCAGGAUAACCAUGAGACUCAGAAUCAUAGCCACGCACUGUAG